AUGCCGUUCCCUCUGCCGCUCAACUUUCCCAAGUGGCUCUCGGAGAACGAGCACUUGCUGCAGCCACCCGUCGGCAACUUUUGCCUUUUCCGCACCCGGGACUACACCGUCAUGGCGGUCGGCGGUCCUAACGCUAGAUCAGAUUACCACUAUCAACCUACCGAGGAAUUCUUCUACCAGUACAAGGGCGACAUGCUACUCAAGGUGAUCGAUGAAGACGGCAAGUUCCAGGACAUCCCGAUCAAAGAAGGCGAAAUGUUUAUGCUUCCGGCGAAUACGCCCCACUCGCCCGUCCGAUUUGCAAACACCGUCGGCAUCGUUGUGGAGCGCACAAGACCCGAAGGCAGCCCAGACGCCAUGCGAUGGUACUGUCCAAACAAGCAGGCGCACGGCGACAAACCCACGCUGGUAAAGGAGGUCAAGUUUCAGUGCACAGAUCUCGGCACGCAGCUCAAGCCAAUCAUCGAAAGCUGGGUCAAUGACGAAGCUGGUCGAAAGUGCAGCCAGUGCGGGUAUGCCCAAGGCUCGCGCGAACUGGCAGCAUGA